AUGGCUGCUACACGACGUCUGUCUCACUCAGUGGCCGUGAUCACAAUCAACCACCCUCCUGUCAAUGCAUUAAGGUAACCAGUGGGAUCACUCACAUUGCCCCUUCAAUGGUUGCUACAUUCUGUUUCCUGAUACUGGCAGCAUAAACUUUUAUGCAUGGGAAAAUUGUCUGAUCAGCUGUAUAUCCUGAUUACUAAAUAAUAUAAAUGUGCAAAGUAAUCCCUGUUUUCAUUUCACAGUUAUUAACAGAUUGCCUGAUUUCUUGUUUUAUUGACAGAUUUUCUUGUAAUGCAAAUUGCCUAUUAUGAGUAUUGUAGGAAAGCAGAUGAAAUUAAUAUUAAUAAGGGAUAGAGUGUGGUCACGGCAGUGCCAUAAUUACAAAAAUAAUUUACAAUUUAUGCAAAACUGCCGUGGUUCAAUCAGUACUAGAAUUCUACCUCAAAACAGUAGAAAAAGCACAAUGUGCAAACUAGUUAAUAUGGGCCACUUGUGAAACCCUUAAAAUUUUACAUCUGGCCCCAUAACAACUUCAUCAAAAUGGCGCUUCCUUACCAUUAGGGGCUAAACCAAUUAUGAACGGUUUAACCCCAAUGUCUGUGCUCUAUCAUCGUAUUGUUCUACCUACCUGUCAUUUUGCUCUCUGGAUUUCUUCAGAAAGCAAGGAUCUGGCAGGGGCGCUGCUUAUUGCCUACCAGCGGUCAGCUGGUACUUCAGAUUUUGUUGCCUAUAUCUCCUAUAAUGCUUUUACAGCCAUAAUGCUGGUAAAGCAUCAGUGAAGAUGUAGUCCACAAAGUCUGAAGUGCCGGUGGUUGCCUACUCUAUGCCCAUUAGUAGCUCCCCAGUCAUAAAAAAAAAAGUAUAUUUUGUUCCUUUUUGAUUUCAGGUAUGUAGUGAUGACACUUGUAGCUCUGGUGUUCCCGCUUCCUUUGGGCAUCACCAGUGGCGCAUUUCGUGUCACUGACCCCUCUACCACACCCGCCCCUGUCCCUCUUGAUGGGAUAUCUGUAUGUGCAGCAUUUAAAAAUAAAAAAGCAGAAUUGGUCAGGGUGUCUGGAGUAACCCUUCAACUAACCUUCAAAUUGUGUGUGUUUUUUACUGUUUUCGUGAUAUUAAUAUUAAACUGAGUUAACAGCCCCCCCAGCAGAUUGUGAAAAAUUAUCAACUCUUUCACAAUCUUCUGGGGGGGCCGUUAACAAAUUAAAACUUAAAAUCCAUACAAACCACUUGGAUAUUUGCCAAGCAUUGUGGCACUGGUAUUCCUGGUGUGAAAAUGUUUAUUUAUUUUUUUAUUUUAUUUUUUUAGUCAUUUGACGCCGAACAGGAUUUUAAUGUUUAAUUAACUAAUCAUGUUUUCUCCUAGCAUCAAAUUAUGCAGUUUUGCUAAGAAAAACAUACGGUGCUAGUGUUGAGAUCACUUGUAAACCAAAAACUGAAUUGUAAUGUUUAGGUAAAUAAUGUCAAUUUGCAAACAUUCUCCAAAUAUGCUCCAAGUAGGGAUCGACCGAUUAUCAGGUUUACCGAUAUUAUCGGCCGAUAUUCGGUAUUUUCGGCCAAUAUAGAUACCGAUAUUGACGAUAAUACCUCCUAGGACCGCCGGGCCCAUUACAAGCCCGGCGGUCCUGGGGGGGGCGCAGGAAGCUGUUACUUACCUUCCCAAAGCUCCCUUCAGCUCCCUGUGUAAAUCUUGCGAGUCCCGCAGCCACAGAGCGUUGCCACUGGUUACCAUGGCAACGCUCCGCGCGGCACUAAGGGCCGCAGGAUUUACAGAGGGAGCUGAAGGGAGCUGCUGGGAAGGCAAGUAACAGCUUCCUGUGGGCCCCCACAAUACUUAACAAGCCAUCCCCCAUUUUACACAAAUUACAUCUCUAUACACACACUGCAUUUUAUUUAUAUAUAUAUAUAUAUAUAUAUAUAUAUAUAUAUAUAUAUAUAUAUAUAUAUACACACACACACUGCAUUAUGUUCACACUACACAAACACUCUGCAUUCACUAUGCACACUACAAAAACUCUCUGCAAUCGCUAUACACACACACACUCUGCAUUCACUAUAUAUGCACAAAUACUCACUGCAUUCACUAUACACACUACACAAACACACACUCUGCAUUCACUAUACACACUACACAAACACACACUCUGCAUUCACUAUAUAUAUAUAUAUACACACUACACAAAUACACUCACUGCAAUCGCUAUACACACUACACAAACACACACACUCUGCAUUCACUAUAUAUAUAUCCUACACAAACACACUCUGCAUUCACUAUAUAUACAUCCUACACAAACACACUCUGCAUUCACUAUAUAUACAUCCUACACAAACACACUCUGCAUUCAUUAUAUACACACUACACAAAUACACACUGCAUCCACUACACACACAUUACACAAACACACAGCUCCCCUGUCUAAACACACUUCAUCCACUACAUGUGGCAUGUAUAUUUUGUGCAUUUACCUUUAGAAUUAAUUUAUUUUUUCAAAAUGUUAAUGUACAGAAUAUCGGCAAGUUAUCGGCUAUUGGCCUGAAAGUUCACAGAUUAUCGGUAUCUGCUCUAAAAAAUAAAUAUCGGUCGAUCCCCAGCUCCAAGUUUGCUAAAGGUUUUUUUUUUACCAUAAAAUGCUAAUUUCACUACAAUUCCGUGUUUAGUGAGUAAACUUCAGAGGUGUCGUUUUUUUCGAAAGGCUUAAAGGUCUAUGCUAACAAUUGACAUUUAACAUGUAUGACCAUAUCCCUUUUACGUUUAUUAAAAUACCGUAAGUAUAAAUACCAUAUAUACCAAUAUGUCUUUAUCUAGCAGGGUAAAUACUUUUAUCUGAAUGAAGAUAAAACUGCUUAGUCCAGCCUCAGGCAAUAAUCUCAGCCAGCAUUUCCAAGCAAAGUGCGUGCUCCCCACUGAGUGUCAAGUAAUUGGCAGAACUCUUGUGGAGAAACACCAGGGAUCUGACAAUGUUCCUUUAUAUUUGUUGCCACAGAUACAUUUACCACAUACAAUGUGCUGGACUGCUCGAUAUGUUGAAGGCAGCCAUACUCUGGCUAUUAUACAUUUUUAGUCAUGACUUUAUGAACUGGGCUGUGUGCAGUCACCUGGCCACAUGCCACCCAGCCAUGCAUAUCUUGUGGCCAUUCUUUGUGUUCUCUCAUGAGCUGGAGAGAGAAGGUGAAAGAUGUCCUCUUUGUACUCACAACAUAUGGAUUCUCCAUGGUGGUAUUACCGGUGUCAUCACCAAUAAUAUCACUAGGUCUAAUUCUCUAUAAAUGCUGUGUACACCUAACCUAUUCCUAAGGAGAACUCUACUUAUGACCUCCAAUGAUGUAGGUGAGGUCCAGGUGUCAAACAGUAGAUGGUUCUUAACUGUGCCCAUUGGAGUGGCCUUGUGGUGCUAAUGCUUCACAAAGGAAUUACGUCUGUUUGGAACUAUAAGUAACAUGCAUUACAGAGUAACUCUGUAAUUGACACAGAGUUAAGUCUUAAUUGUGAAGUGGAGCUCUUGUAUACAAACCGUGUACUGUGGGACACACAAAAAAUUCAACUUAUCUGCAAAAAAUAUUUAUUGUGUAUUCACAGUUUUAAACAGUAAAACUGUGUGUGUGUGUGUGUGUGUGUGUAUAUGUAUAUAUGUGUGUGUGUGUGUAUAUAUAUAUAUAUAUAUAUAUAUAUAUAUAUAUAUAUAUAUAUAUAUAUAUAUAUAUAUAAACCUGGAUGUGACGAAUCGGCACAUAACAUAGAAGUAAUUACACAAACUGGAGGCUUGAAGCGCAGGGCAUCUCCGUUGCCAUGGAGAUUGCCCGCGAAAAAUUGGAGCCAAAACACCUGAUUCUUCAAGCAAGUACGGUAUUUAAAGCAGGAAACAAGUCCACAGAACUUACAAAGAAUCAUUCCAGCUGAGGAAGCCUUUGGCAAAACGCGUCCUGGAGCAACAGUGAGCAAACAGAUUUUUGGACUGUAUGCCGAAUAAGUGAUUAAUUUGAAAAUUAUUUUGAAAGUUUUUAUACUGUUAUUAAAUUAUUUUUUUUAGCAAUAAAAUAUAUAUUUUUAUAUCACUUACGGCACCAUAUACAUUUUUUCCUGCUUAUACAAAGAAGGAAUGUGGUCCUUAAACCACAUAUGCGAACUGAAGUGAGCCCUCAUUGGCUCUGGGUUUGUGAGUACACAUUCACUUUCUAAUAAUAUAUUUAUUACCAAAACGAUAUAUCACACUAUAUACCUUCCCUCUACAUCCAUUAUCUAGGAUACUACCUUGUGGACAAUUUGGAUAUAAAGGAGGGAGAGGGUCGCCUUAACGGACCCUAAGGCGCAAGAACUUGAGCUAAGUGUUUUUUAGCUCAUGGAAGUGUAAGUUGGCAUUUGAUUUUCAUAUAUAUCACCUUUUAUUAUACAGUUUGCUCUGUUAUGUGUGUGUGUGUGUGUGUGUGUGUGUAUAUAUAUAUAUGUGUGUGUGUGUGUGUAUAUAUAUAUAUAUAUAUAUAUAUAUAUAUAUAUUCUCUAUCUCUCCAUCCUAGUGUAGCUUAACCCCUUAAGGACACACGACAUGUGUGACAUGUCAUGAUUACCUUUUAUUCCAGAAGUUUGGUCCUUAAGAGGUUAAAGAGUGAUGAAACUCAGUAAGCUGGAUAAAAAGGCAGAUUGAUGAAACUGAGUGAACCGUGUGCAUUUGCUUUUAAUAAAGCUGACUUUUUUUACUUUGUCAAGUUGGUGAUUUGUAUGGAGAAUCCGGAUACCCAUAGAGUCGGUGUUGACCAACCCACACGCUGCAAGCUAUUUGAACCAUGCAAUGUAGGCUCUGAUCUAUGAGUUAUUUAGUUAUUUUAUAUGGUCAAUUAAUUUGAUGUGCAAUAUUACACUAUGAGAAUAUUCUCUUUCGUUGGAUUGUGAUACGCUCCAUUGAAGAAUAACUUUGGAUAAUACACCUAAUAUUGAGGGGAAUGACCGCGGAAAUGGCUGUUACAGUUAGAGCCAAUUUAUUACCUCGAAUAAAUGUGAGUGGUUUUAUUUAAAAAAUAUAUAUGUAAAUGCUACACUAUGAUGGAUAUACAGCAAAGAAAUAUAAAUUCACCUGUGUGCAGAUAGAAAACACACUUAGUGGGUAUUAAGUGAAAAAACACAUAAAUUACCCUUAAUUAAUUGUAUUGUAGAUGAAAGGAUUCCUCUUAUAUCCUCAAGACAAUAAUAACAAAGUGCCAAAAAAAUGGCUAUCUACAAUACAAAAACAAUAAAGACGGACAUAGCGCAAUAAUGUUGCAAAAUAGAAAUUAUAAAUAUAACUUGUUGCACUCACAAAAGCAGUUUGAUUGAAGGCACAUCAGAUACAAUGAUGUAUGAACCUCAGGACUUGUGGAACAUCAAUAUCAUGCAUAGGAGGAAAAAAAAUAUAUAAUAGUGCAGAGUAUCCAAGUAAAAAAUGACACACUUUAUUAAUAGAUACACUUACAAAAUAGAAGUGGCAAAUAGGCACAUCAAGCUCUGAUGGAAAAAACACACGAAUCCCAGUCAGGGUCCAGUGGAGCAGGAAAGCCAAAUAAACAAUAAAAUCAAGAAUAAAUAAAUAAAAAAUAUAUAAAAUACUUUAAACAAUAAAGGACAUAAGCCCAAUAUAUAGAAUACUCUAAGCAGUAAAGGACAUCAGCCCUACGCGUUUCGUUCAAAAAUGAACUUCCUCAGGGGCAUCUAACAGAAUAUUGUCCAUAAGCAUGCAUACACUAUGAUGGUUGCAUAUAUGUUUUAUUUUUAUCAUUGCACUAGUGCUGAUCCAAUAUCAUCUGCUGCUGAAGAAAAUCAUUGAUUUAAAUGUUUUUUAAAGACUGCUAUGUUUUUUUCUUAUAAUUAAGAUACAUGUGGCAUUAUUGGUAUCAUUUGUAUUUCCUAAUAUUUACAUAAAAGUUUUUUUUUUUUUUUAUACUUAUUUGCUAAUUUGUAUCAUAAGAUGCUCUCAUGAGUAAUAACAGUUCACCUGGAUUGCGUUACUAACUCCCUAUAAAAUUAGGAGAACUUGUUCGUAUGCAGGAUAGUCUUGAUAAAGUCCUAAAUGGACAAAAUGCGUAGACGUCUAUUUUGUAUACUGCCUAUAUAUGCCAAAAGCACAACAUUUUCUGGUGCACUCAGGACAGAGCAUCACAAAACAUUGUAUGUUCUCAUCAAUUAAUUGUCACGAAGACCAUUGCAUGCAGUGUUAUUUAUAAUUUGGAUAUGAUUUUAGUAUACAGCGGAUGUUCCAAUUCAAGAGGAGUGAUAUCGACUCUCUCCGCUCCCAGUAAACCACAGGGGGUCUAUUACGUCAACGUAUCCGAAAUUUGGAAUCAGUGGGCUGUAAGACUGUUAAACCUGCCCUUAGACCGCGAUCUAUCACCUACAUAAUAACACAGCUUUUUAAAUACAGACUAGUCUCUUUAUUAUAUCAUAUAAUCCUGUGACUAGACGUAAUAUUGUCCAGAUUACCUUACUUUAUUUUGUUUUAUUAUUUAAUGUGGUGUAUUUCAUACUGUUUAUUUUUUUUAAAAUGCAUACAUGUUUUUUCCAUGAAUAUAAUGGUAAUACCACCCCUCCAUUAUUUAGUUGGUUUUAUGGGAAUAAAUAAGAAAUCAUUUUUGACGAUAAGUAUGAAAGUUUAGUGUGUAAAGUACACAGGUGGUAUACCAGUACUCCACUUUAUGCUUGUUUUAUUAAAGGGACACUAUAGGCACCAAAACCAUUUUAGCUUCAUAAAAUAUAUGAAAAUAUAUAUAUAUAUAUAUAUAUAAUUAUAGAUAAUGCCCCUGUACUCUCAAUGUUCAGUUCUUACCAUUUAGAUGUUAAAUCACUUUGUUUAUACAACCCUAGUUACAUCUCACUGCAUAUGACUUACACAACGUUCCUUGUAUAAACUCUUAAAGAUAGACGUAAUGUUUAAACUUCCUUUAUUGCACAUUCAGAUUAAUUUUGAAUUUAUUUUUUUGCACUUUUAAUAGCCUUCUAGAUUCUGCAGGAGCCUCUUGUGUAUGGUUAAAGUUCAAUUUACAGAGCAUGACAUAAAAACUUCUUAAGUAAGUUAACAUCUGACUGAAAAAUUAAACCAUUUUUUUUUUCAUGCAGGUCGUAUAGGUUAAAGCCAGGGGAGUUGUGACUAGAGCUACAUAAACAUAAACAAAAGUGAUGUAACGCCUAAAUGGCAGAGAAUUGAGCGGUGAGACUGCAGGGGCGUAAACUAUACACUCAAACUGUUUAAGCUAAAGUUAUUUUGAUGCAUAUAGUAUCUUUUAAGUAAUUUGGUUUUGAGAAGAGCACUAUAAAUGUGGUAGCAGCUAUUUACUUAAUGUUAAUUUAUUUUACUGUAGGAGUGGUAUUUGUUAUAUACAUGUAAUAGUUAAUUUGGAUGAUAUAAGUGCUAGGGCACAAUACAUUUUUUAUUUUUAUUUUUUUAUUUUUUUUUAUUUACAGAGUUAAGUAUGACUGUUAUGUUACUGUAACGUCCAUGGUUCUUUAACAUUCAUUUUUUUUUUUAUUUUUUUUUUGUCUUAGUCACUCUCUCCGUCGCUCAAUAGCGAAAGAAUUUGGAGAUGCCAGUAAGGAUUCCUCAAUAGAGGCUAUUGUUCUCUGCGGGGCCAAUGGCAAUUUCUGUGCAGGUACAAUUUAUUCUUUAUCCUCAUUUCUUUCUACAAUAUUAUGUUUUUGCAUCGUAGCCACAUGUCUCUGUUAUUUUCCACAGGUGCAGAUAUCAAGGAGUUUGGCUCUUCAACUUUGGACUCUGUCUCUUUAAAUAAUAUAAAUGAUGCCGUUGAACGAUGCCAGAAGCCUGUGGUAGCUGCCAUCGAAGGGGUGGCUCUUGGUGGUGGGCUGGAGCUAGCACUGUCUUGUCACUACCGUGUGGCAAAUGUACAGGUAUCCUCAAACCAAAACCCUGUUAUUUGUAAUAUACACCAUUCAUUUAAAAUAUUUGUUCUAAUGCUCAUACAUAAACAUAUAACUUUGGCAGAUAGGCCCCGCCCCCAUGAAGCUGUAUUUAAAAAAAAUAAAAAUAAAUAAAUGUAAACAACUGUUCUGUUAGAUGUAAAUUUGUUCUAGCGUAGCAUGUGCAGUACUUAUUUUUACACUAGCACCCUUGGCUGAAACACCUGCAAAUAGGUAUGUUGAGCUUACAAAUGCAAUGGAACCCACUGCAGUAGGGUAUGGAAGGUAUUUAGUAUGUAGAUCUGAUGAGUCUAGAAUGGUGUGGUGAGACCUAGUCCUGGUGUGUACAGAUUAAUCCUGGGUAGUGGAUGUGGUGUGUAAAGAAGAAUCCUGGUUGGUGGAUGUGAUGUGUAAAGAGGAAUCCUGGGUGGUGGAUCUGGUGUGUAAAGAGGAAUCCUGGGUGGUGGUGUAAAAAGGAAUCCUGCGUGGUGGAUCUGGUUGUAAAAAGGAAUCUUGGGCGGUGGUUGAUCUAGUAUCUGAAGAUCUUUGGUGGUCAGACCUUCCAUGAACGUUUGUCUUUACCUAUGCAUCAGAAGAUACAUGUACAGUGAAAAUGUUUCUAUUAAGUAGAUUUUACAGCUGUAAAAUAGGAUAUAUAAAUUAGAUGUUCAAAACACUACAUUCUAUAAAAGAACUCAUGAUUGUGAUAAUAUAGGGCUACUGCUAAAACCCCUGGCCAUGCUGUUAGAUUCUUGUCCCAGCAAGACACAUGUGUGUCUACCUUUCCCCUGAUUUAUCAUACAAUAUUGAGCUGAACAGUUUUUACAGUCCAACCUUUAUAGUCUAUAUAAAGAGUAAUAAACAGAAGGCUACAGUUGUGGCAGAUUCCAAUUCAGGCUAUAACUACCAACUAAUUUUUGGUACAGUUUAUUAAAUCAGAUUUAAAAAAAACAAAACAUUUUAUCUGUUGCUUUUUUUUAGUGCCCUAACCAUAAUUUUUGGUUCUCUUUAUACCCACUUUAAGAUACCUUCUGUGAUGAAAUAUGAGUAAAAAUAAAUAGAAAAUGAGUGGAGCAGAGGCCUUCAUUAUGAAAGUAAACCAAUUUUGAGGUUUAUAGUAGUCUCGUCAAGAAUAGGAAACCUUGUGAGGGUCAUAACUAAGGAUUGUUAAAAAAGCAAAUGAGAUACACUGUGGUAUACUCACAUGUGUAGUUUCAAUUGACAACAAAAAAUUUAGAAUCUGUUCUUGUUACAGGCCCGUGUAGGUCUACCUGAGGUACUUAUCGGCAUUCUUCCAGCAGCUGGAGGUACCCAGCGCCUGCCUCGAUUAAUAGGUAUUCCUGCUGCUUUGGAUAUGAUCGUUCGAGGUAUGUACUAAGUUUGAAAUCGUUCGAUUUGGUGACCAGCUUAUUCCGAAGAACAAAGCUUUGAACAUGUAGUAUUUUUUUUUUUUUUUUUAAAUUAUGUAUAGGAAUUGCUUACAAAAAUACAUUUUGUUAUUGCUACAAUGUAGAGAGACAAUGUAUGGAUUAUUCUUUAUAUACAGGGAGUGCAGAAUUAUUAGGCAAGUUGUAUUUUUGAGGAUUAAUUUUAUUAUUGAACAACAACCAUGUUCUCAAUGAACCCAAAAAACUCAGUAAUAUCAAAGCUGAAUAUUUUUGGAAGUAGUUUUUAGUUUGUUUUUAGUUUUAGCUAUGUUAGGGGGAUAUCUGUGUGUGCAGGUGACUAUUACUGUGCAUAAUUAUUAGGCAACUUAACAAAAAACAAAUAUAUACCCAUUUCAAUUAUUUAUUAUUGCCAGUGAAACCAAUAUAACAUCUCAACAUUCACAAAUAUACAUUUCUGACAUUCAAAACAAAACAAAAACAAAUCAGUGACCAAUAUAGCCACCUUUCUUUGCAAGGACACUCAAAAGCCUGCCAUCCAUGGAUUCUGUCAGUGUUUUGAUCUGUUCACCAUCAACAUUGCGUGCAGCAGCAACCACAGCCUCCCAGACACUGUUCAGAGUGGUGUACUGUUUUCCCUCCUUGUAAAUCUCACAUUUGAUGAUGGACCACAGGUUCUCAAUGGGGUUAAGAUCAGGUGAACAAGGAGGCCAUGUCAUUAGAUUUUCUUCUUUUAUACCCUUUCUUGCCAGCCACGCUGUGGAGUACUUGGACGCGUGUGAUGGAGCAUUGUCCUGCAUGAAAAUCAUGUUUUCUUGAAGGAUGCAGACUUCUUCCUGUACCACUGCUUGAAGAAGGUGUCUUCCAGGAACUGGCAGUAGGACUGGGAGUUGAGCUUGACUCGAUCCUCAACCCGAAAAGGCCCCACAAGCUCAUCUUUGAUGAUACCAGCCCAAACCAGUACUCCACCUCCACCUUGCUGGCGUCUGAGUCGGACUGGAGCUCUCUGCCCUUUACCAAUCCAGCCACGGGCCCAUCCAUCUGGCCCAUCAAGACUCACUCAUUUCAUCAGUCCAUAAAACCUUAGAAAAAUCAGUCUUGAGAUAUUUCUUGGCCCAGUCUUGGCGUUUCAGCUUGUGUGUCUUGUUCAGUGGUGGUCGUCUUUCAGCCUUUCUUACCUUAGCCAUGUCUCUGAGUAUUGCACACCUUGUGCUUUUGGGCACUCCAGUGAUGUUGCAGCUCUGAAAUAUGGCCAAACUGGUGGCAAGUGGCAUCGUGGCAGCUGCACGCUUGACUUUUCUCAGUUCAUGGGCAGUUAUUUUGCGCCUUGGUUUUUCCACACGCUUCUUGCGACCCUAUUGACUAUUUUGAAUGAAACGCUUGAUUGUUCGAUGAUCACGCUUCAGAAGCUUUGCAAUUUUAAGAGUGCUGCAUCCCUCUGCAAGAUAUCUCACUAUUUUUGACUUUUCUGAGCCUGUCAAGUCCUUCUUUUGACCCAUUUUGCCAAAGGAAAGGAAGUUGCCUAAUAAUUAUACACACCUGAUAUAGGGUGUUGAUGUCAUUAGACCACACCCCUUCUCAUUACAGAGAUGCACAUAACCUAAUAUGCUUAAUUGGUAGUAGGCUUUCGAGCCUAUACAGCUUGGAGUAAGACAACAUGCAUAAAGAGGAUGAUGUGGUCAAAAUACUCAUUUGCCUAAUAAUUCUGCACUCCCUGUAGAAAGAAGCUCUGUAUUGGUCAGAAAGCUGAAUUCCCAACCAGCUUUAAAAUAUAAUCUAUAACCAAUAAUGUACAAGCAGGAGGCCAGAAAAGUGAAUACAAAUCUGCUUCUUUUUUAUUUUUAUUAAAAAAUUGUGUCAUUUGUGUUUUCAACAAUUAAUUUCUUCACUGCCUUAAUAAUUGUAUGUUUGUGUGUUUUUUGACAUACAAGACUUACUGUUUGCAUCUGUUUUGCCUUGUAUGAGACUAUGCCAUUCAUAAGAGCUGAUGGGAAACAACAAGAUGAAGUUUAUCAGUAUACCAUGUGUUCCCUUUUCUGAAGGCAUAAUUAAGAUAACAUAGUUUCUACUUUCUUCUUUUGAUUGCGUUCUAAUACCAAUAAAAUGUCAAUGCAGUAUGUACACCAUGUUAAAUCUGUAAAUGUACAUGUGUAUAGACUGGGAGGGUGAGUGUGUUUUACAUUUAUCUCAAGACCAACAUGGGUGGCAUGUUCAGCACUCUAGAGCAGUGUUCUGCAACAUUUUAGCACCUGAGGCCCGUCGAAAAGAGGAGAAAUACUUUGCAGACCGACGUCAACCAUAAAUAUAAACCAAUGUUGUGUAUGAGGGGUGCAGUUUGUGUUUGUGUGUGUGUGGGGGGGGGCAGUGUGUGUGUGUGUGUCUGUGUAUGGGGGCAGUGUGUGGGCGUUUAGGGGAGAAUGAUUGUGGGGUUGGAGGGUAGAUUAAAAAUGUGUAUAUAUUGUUUUAAUUAAAAAUAAAUAAAUUAUAAAAUAAUUUUGAUAUCCCUCCUCCCUGCUUACCUUUGCCUGGGAGGGGGAACAGUACAAAUCCCUGGUGGUCUGUGGGGAAGCCUUGGUGGUCCAGGUGGCAAGAGUGAACUCUAGCAGCCCCAGGACCUGAUAGAGUUCACUCCCAGGAGAUUGGAGUGUUGCCGUGGUAACGGCGGCAACGUUCCGAGCUCGUGAGAGGAGAACCCAGCAGAGCUGUAGGUUAGAGCUCCCCCGGGUCCUCCCCUGCCAGCAUUUCAGUGCUAGCGGGCCGGAAGGGAAGAUCUCUGAUCUCCCCUCCAGUCCUGCAGAGCCGGCAGGGGGGAGGGAUGCAUGGUUCCCGGUGCUAUGAUCAUAAGGUCAUGGCACCGGGGAAAUAUGUUGCAGCAAUUUAUUGCCGGUCUGCAAAAGCUUUCACCCGAUGUAUAGGGUAAAAGCUUUCGCUGACUGGCAAAUUCUUGCGGACAAGUGAUUGAAAACCACUGCUCUAGAGUAUAUAGAUAAUUCCAAUGUACUCACAAGAAGUGUAAGUUAUUUUGUGAUGAAUUACAAAUCACAUAAAGAUCAGUGAUUCACUAUAAUGUGUGGUGGGUAAAUGGGGUUAGUAGUGUGAAAGCUGGACAUAACCAUUUUUAUAGUAUAGAAGAACAUGAAUAUUUGAUGAGAAAAAUAACUAUAGGCCUUAGAAUUGUCCUCUCUUAAAGGAAUUAUCCCGGCUGACUCCAGUUCCCAUAACAACUUCAUCUCAAUGGCCCUGGGGGGACAACUUUAAGGUCAAAGCAUUUGAAUGCAGUUUAGCAGUUUUACCCAAAACGUAUGAGUAUAUACACGCUCACCUGCCACCAUAACUGUCCCUGCCAGUGUGAUCAUAUCAGUGCUUUGAUAAUCAGUGUAUUCUUACAUAAUAGACCUUCCUGGUUAAAAAAUAAAUGUGUAGGUCGGGGUUUUACCUGCAAUAUGCAUUUGAUAUAAGAACUCCAUAUCUCCAUAACUGCUUGCUAUAAUUUUACACUUCCACGUGUUUUUCAUUUGGGUUCAUACGUGUGAUUUUUAUCUGCAGGGAGACAUGUUCCUGCGACUGAAGCCCUGCAGCUGGGAGUUGUGGAUGAAGUGGUAAAAGCCAACACCAUCGAUGCAGCCAUACAGUUGGCCAGGAAAGUUCUAGGUGAGAAAUACAAUCAUCACUAG